AUGGAAUACGAUUACAUCGGAGCUAUCAAAAUAAAGGAUGGGUUAUUUUUAGGAGAUUAAUUUGCUUCAUAGGUAGAUAGUUGAUUCAGCCUUUUAGGACUUAGAAUUUAUUGUAACUAAUAAGGUUUCCAGAAUUGUUAAUUGUGCUUGCAAACAAAUUCCAAACCAUUGGGAAUCGAUUGGGAUAGUAUACAUGUCGUUGCCAUGGAUUGACAAUGAUACUCAAGUAAUAUUUUAUAUAAUGAGGUAAUAUUUUAACAAGAGGAACUGAUUAAUUAAGUAAUUAAAUUUAUGGAUGAUGCAUUGAAUAACGGAGAAAGUGUCAUUGUACAUUCAAUAAGAGGACACAAUAGAUCAAUUGCUGUUCUUUGUGUUUAUUUUAUGAAAAAAUAUAGAUGGACACUAUACAAGACCUUACAAUUUAUGCAUAGCAGAAGACCAGAUUUGGAGAUCCGAGCUAAUUUUUUUAAUUAACUAUUGGCAAUAGAAAGUAAGUUCUAAAAGAAUGGAUGGGGUGCAAAAACUUAUAAUUGGGAAGAAGUGUAUUCUCAAGGAGACCCUGAAGAAAUGGUAUUAAGAAACACGUAUUUGAAUGCUUAGCCUUAAGGAGUGGCUGAAUUUAAGGAUCACGAUUAAAAACCGAAAACCUAAAAGUAAAUACAAAUUUUAUAAAUUAGAUUGCGUUUUGCUGAAAAAAUCACUAUGUAUAUACCACCAUAUGAUAAGAUAAUAUUCAAUAAGAAGAAACAAUCCUAACCUAUAGAAACCAAAUCCUGUCUGACUGGAAAGACACUUUAAUAUGAAUAGCAAAUUUAAUAAUCUCCACGACCAGAAACUAAUUUAAUGUCUUAAACCCAACCCUUAUAACCCAUUCAGCCUGUGCAUCAAAGGCCUUCAUCUCAGGACGUUAAGAGAGUUGUUGCAAAGAGUGAUAGUUCUAAAUUAUAAUAAUUACCUGAAGCUACUUGUAAGUAUUGUCUUAAUUAUAGAAUCAUUAAAGCCCAAGAAGCAAGCAAAUACUUACAUGGAUUCAGGAGAAUAAUUCUUUUUGAAAUCGCAACAAAAAAUCAAUUAGGAAUAAACUCAAGGGAUGGCCUAAAAUGACCGUAGGCCUCAAACUGCACCGAACUAAUUAAGAGCACCUAGACUCCAGGUUACUCCGUAUAAAAAAAAUAGCACUGGAAACUAAAGAUAAGAUUUAACUAUUUAACCAAACACAUAAUUUAAACCUAUAGGUAAUAGGCAGAGAGCUCAUUCACCAAAUGCAGUAUAUAAUGCAAAUCCUUAUGUCUAAAAAUAAUUUAAAACUAAACCUUGGAAAAAGUGA